AUGCCAACUAAUGGAGUUCAGUAUCUUAUAAACUGCAGAGAUCCUACUUCUAAAGUUGUACUUCCCGACGUCACACUAGUCCGUACGGGAAUGGAUGCUUUGCCAAACCCAGAUGCGGAUACAAACGCCCCUCCACACGAGCAAGAGCCCAACUCGACGUGGCAACUGUUUAACUACGGCUUUGGUCCCUACAACGAUGGCAUUUUUACUCAAUCGCCUCUUGGUAUUGUUGUCAAAAUGGGUAUCUGGCUCAUGGUGAACCCUGGCGGGUAUCAGUCAUACUUAAUCACUAUUCCUAAAGAUGAGGAUCUUCACCAGGCCAUUGAGAUCAUUCGACCGCUUCGGACUUCAAUGGUGCUCCAAAAUGUUCCCACUGUUAGACAUGUACUUUUGGAUGCAGCUGUCAUGGGAUCUCGAGACAAGUUCACGACUUCGAAAAAGCCACUCAAUGAUAAGGAACUCGAUGAGAUCUCAGAGAAGCUCAACCUAGGCCGCUGGAAUUUCUAUGGGGCGCUUUGUGGCCCUGAACCCAUUCGGAAGGUUAUGUGGAAAGUUGUCAAGGAUGCUUUCUCAGCCAUCCCCGGGACCAAGUUUGACUUCCUGGAGGAUAUGCCUGACAAUGUUGUUUUGCAGACUAGAGAUCUUACCCUCCAGGGAAUUCCCACCAUGACUGAGCUUGAAUGGGUCAACUGGCUGCCCAAUGGAGCUCACCUGUUCUUCUCCCCCAUCGCCAAAGUCACGGGCGACGACGCGGUCGCUCAGUAUGCCUUGACCCGCAAACGUUGCGAAGAAGCAGGUUUCGACUUCAUCGGAACAUUUGUCGUGGGAAUGAGGGAGAUGCAUCUCAAUACGACAAUCAAGAAUGCAUUAGACCCCAAGGGAAUUUGCCGCCCGCGCUCUACAAAGCUGUAG